AUGACCACCACUGCCCUUGGAUUGGGCAUGCAGCAGCAGCAGCAGCAGCACCUGCAGCAGCAGCAGCAGCUCUUCCGCGCCGUCGCCCGCCGCCUGCUGCUCCUCGAGCAGCAGCCCCACUUGGCGCUGCUGCCGCCCCCCGCCUUCUCGCUGCUGCCGCCCGAGGAGGCCGCCCGGGAGCAGCAGCUGCUGCUGCUGCUGCAGCAGCAGCAGCAGCAGCAGCACCGCCUCCGCGCCGCCCGCAGCAGGGGGCUCCUCCCCUACGCGCUGCAGCUGCUGCUGCUCUGGGCAGCAGGCCCGCAGCCAAGCCCCCCGCCGCCCCCCACGCAGCAGCAGCUCAACGCUGCAGCACUCGACGCCUGGAAAGCUGCUGCUGCUGCUGCUGCUGCUGCUGCUGCUGCGCACGCCGAGCCAGGACCCGCAGCAGCAGCCCGCCCCGACGACGCCCCCGCAGCAGCAGCAGCAGCGGCGGCGAAAGAGCCCCCCCCCGCGACGCGCCAGCAGCAGCAGCAGCAGCAGCAGCAGCAGCAGCAGCGGGCGGCGGCGUUUGCUGCGGGCGUUGCUGCUGCGCGGCAGUCAGCAGCAGCAGCAGCAGCAGCGCUGGCAGGCGCUGCACCCUUCAGCAGCAACGUGUCCGCGUUUGCUGCCGCAGCAGCAGCAACUCCCAGCCUGCGGCACUUCGUGUUUGCUGCUCUUUGUGUUGCUGUUAAUGUGGGGUUUGGAGUGUCUUUGCUGCUGCUGCUGCACCUCUACCUCGCCCUCUCCAACCAAACCACUCUCGCCCUCCUGAGCAACUUGGAGAAGCGGGACGUGGGGCUCCUGGCGUUUUUGCUGUUUCCCUUUCGCUCAAGUGCUGCUGCUGCCUUCGCCCCUUAUAAUAAAGGCUGGCGAAAAAACCUGCAGCAAGUUUUUGGCCCCACGCCUCUCCGCGCCCUUCUUUGCCCCUGGAUCAAGCUGCCUCAGGAGGGCCUCUUCGACUAG